UGAUUGUAGUAGAUUAACACUUCCGGAUUGUGAAGGAUUUCCUUGAUAGACUGUUAAAAUGAAUGUUGGUGUAGCUCAUAGUGAUACCAAUCCAACACAUUCCUAUUUAAACAGUAAAGGAAUAUGGUUGACCUACUUGUUGAUUAUAUUUAUGGGGCAUCUUGUAUUAUUAAGUAUACCCUCUUUUAGUGUCGCGUUCGCUUGGACCCUUACCAAUGUUCUACAUGAUUUGGCAAUGUUUAUUAUGCUACAUAUAACAAAAGGAACUCCUUGGGUUACAGCUGAUCAAGGAGAUGCUAGAACACAAACACAAUGGGAGCAGAUUGAUUUUGGUCAACAAUUUACAGACACCAAGAAAUUUCUUACUUGUGUUCCUAUUGCCUUAUUUAUGCUGGCAAGUUUUUAUACAAAGUAUGACUCUUUCCAUUUUAUUGUAAAUUUCUCAUUUCUCUUAUUGAGUCUUAUUCCUAAGUUACCCCAGUUACAUGGUGUACGAUUGUUUGGUAUCAACAAGUAUUGAGAGAUAGAAAUAUGAGAGGUUGAAUAGAUGUUAUGUAUGAAGUGAGAAUAUAAGGUGCAUGAAAUAUAAAAGAGCAGUUUCACACAGCUGCAAAAAUGUUACCAAUUAUAUACAUAAAUAACACUGUACAUUCUAAUUAAAUCCAAUGUUAUGCCCAAAAAGGAAAUCAAAACUUGUUGGCUAACUCUUAUUUUAACUUAUAUAAAGUUGAAAAACAUGUUGACAAAAAUUAAUAUUUAUCAGUGCUGAGUAUUUAUUUGUAUCAUGAUUUGGAUUAAUUAAUAGAUUUUGCCUUCUAAAAGUUUCAAUGAUUUUUUAAUAUUGUUUAUUCUCAGACAAUAUUUAUAAUACUAGUAUUUAACUGUUGAUAAGACUACUGCUUUAAUAUUAAUGAAUGGAACUUCUACUUUUGUUUCUCUGCAUUUUGAUAAGUACUGAUAUUGAUACAUGACCAUGCGGUACCAUUCAUGGUGACAAUGUGUCAAUUCACCAGCAUUGAUAUUU